AUGUCUUUGGCUUCUUCCAUCCCAUCUUUUUUGUAUCCUUUUACCACCACCUCCUUUUCCAAUAAGCCUACUCUUGGAAAUAUGAACGAUGAGGAGGGGAUGGAUAAAUCCUGGACUCACAUCCUUGAAGGCCUUCACUGGAUGAAUGAAGUGUCUUUACGCAACAAGGCUCGUGCGACGGAUAUAACUGCAAGAGGCAUGGAAUUCGACAAACCGUCUGAUUGUAUAGCCAAGCUUCGAUCCAUUUAUUCGGUUCUGGAGAGAGAGAAAAUAGAACUAAUGUAG